AUUGCUAUUAUGAUUAUGCUGAUGAUGAUAAUGUUCCUGAGAAGUUUGUGAUUUCAUCUCAAAGUAUUCGAAGUUCAACCAUUAUGGCUGAGGACUGUCCUUGGUUUGUCAUCAACAUUGAUGGGUGCAAUCACCUGAAAUUCUUACACUUGCGAUCUGAGGAAAGAUCAGACACAGAUUUCAAUUCUCUUCUCUUGAAACUGCCCCUACUUGGGGAACUAUAUCUGUUUUUUUGUGAAACCUUGAAAACAAUAAAAGUUCUCAAUCCACGAAUCAAGACAGUUGAGAUUCGCCUUGAACCUGAAUGCAACCUUGAGCUCAUAGAAAUUUUAGCACCAAGUCCGAAAAGCUUCAUCUUUAUGACACAACAAGGAAGGACAAAACCUUGUGGGAUCAAGGUGAUAGAUUGUAGCAAUUUAGAAACCAUAGUGUUUACUAGUGCAUUCAUCCCUGAGUGGCAGUUUCAUAACCUUAUUUCCAAAUUUCUGCUGCUUGAGAAUCUCUGGAUCAUUGGAUGUAACAACUUAGAGAGGAUUAAGGUUUCAAAUCUUCAACUUAAAAGACUGUAUAUUGUUAGAUGUGUUAAAUUGAAGGUUGUGGAGGUUGACAGUUCAAGUUUAUGUGAGUAUUGUUAUACAGGAAACCAGCCUGCAGCAGUUUCAGUAGCUGAGCAUCUUUACUCAACAGUUGAAUUGUGGUUUGAGCAUGAACAAGUGAAGUCUCCCAGUUAUUUUUGCUACGAUAUGUUGCUUGGUGAUAUGGCACGCUGGCAGCAACCUCCAAAGUUGACAUCAAAGCAAAGAUCCUACAACUUUGUUAUUGAAUUUUCUUCCAAAAAUAUGGUGUCAAAUGCUGAACUAAAUUCACAAGUUACAAGGCUAAAUUUCGAUGUGGAGGAAAUCUGUGUCUUGAUUAAUAAAUUACAACAACGGAUGGAUACACUUGAAACUGAAUGUGAUUCCAAGGUAGAGAAGAUGGUCAUAAGGAAAUUAGAUAAUUUACAAGGAGAAAUCCUCCAAAUAACAACAACACCUAGGAAUGGGAAAGGCCAAAAAGGGGCACAAGAUACGACAUGUGACAUUACCAAGAAAAUAAAGAUUGAAGUUCUAGAUUUUGAAGGUAGGGUUGAUCCUAUUGUGUUUUCUGAUUGGAUUAAUUCAAUGGAGGAGUAUUUCAAUUGGUAUGACAUGGCAGAUCCUCGAAGAGUUAGAUUUGCUAAAAUGAAACUUGUUGGGUUAGCCAAAAUAUGGUGGCAAGGUGUUGAGAGUGAUUUAACUCGACUAAGACAACCACCAAUAACUAAUUGGUUUGAGAUGAAAGCAAAAUUGAGAGAAAAGUAUAUGCCACAAAACUAUCUAGAAAAGAUGCGUUAUAAGCCUAUUUAUAGUGUUGAAGAUGUAUUACAAGUAGCACUUAAUGUAGAAGGAUAUAUAAACAAUCAGAAUAGUAAGAAAAUUGGGUUCCAAACCAAGAAAGCAGCAGCAAGAAAGAAUUAUGAUACAAGACUUGCUAUGCAAUCACAAGCUACAGUUGCCUUUAACAAACAAAACCCUAAUGCUAGAAAAGGGAAAGUCAGUACUACCCAUAACAAGGGCAGUAAGGGUGCGACCUGUUUUAGGUGUGGUGAAGAUGGUCAUAUGAGCUAUCAAUGUCCAAGAAAAAAUAACCUUUGUAUGGAAGAAGCACAAGAUCAGGAAGAACAUCAUGAUGAGGAAACUAAAGAAAAUCCCCUUGAUUAUGGAGUUUACAUGGCUGAUGAUCUUGUAGAUGAUGAGGAGGAAGACACUUCCUUUUUGUCAGUUGUUAAGUGUAUUUUGGCAGCACCUAAGGUUGAGGAAGAAGAUUGGUGACGAACCUCAAUAUUCCAAACUUUGGUUCGUUGUGGUGAUCAAGCAAAAAAGUUCAUUAUCGAUAGUGGAAGUUGCAUGAAUGUUGUAUCAGCAUCAAUAGUAUCACGUCUUAAACUCCCAACAAAACCUCACCCUUAACCAUAUAAGGUAGCUUGGAUUAAUAACACGACAAUUUCGAU